AUGUUUUUGAAGGCGGGCAGAGGGAAAAAAGUCUCCCCAGUGAGGGUCUAUGGGCCUGAUUGUGUAGUUCUGAUGGAGCCCCCUUUGAGCAAGAGGAACCCGCCAGCGCUGAGAUUAGCGGAUUUGGCAACAGCUCAGGCCCAGCCGCUUCAGAAUAUGACAGGCUUCCCGGCGCUGGCCAGCCCGCCCGCCCACUCCCAACUCCGCGCCGCUGCCGCGCACCUCCGCCCGCGGGACCUGGGCGCUGACCCCGGCGUGGCCAUCACUCCGCUCGGACCCGAGCACAUGGCCCAGACGAGCGCGCUGGGCCUCAGCCCUCCCUCCCAGGCGCUCCUGGCACACCCCGAGGCUCCGGCGGCUGCCGCCCGUGCUGCAACCUCGGUCGCGCACCCCGGCGCGGGCACCUACCCCGGUGGAGGGGGCGGCAGUGGCGCGCAGCCCUCCGCGCCCCCGCCCCCAGCCCCUCCUCUUCCUCCCUCCCCUUCACCCCCUCCCCCGCCCCCGCCUCCUCCUCCUCCUGCCCUCUCGGGCUACACCACCACCAACAGUGGCGGCGGCGGCAGCAGCGGCAAAGGCCACAGCAGGGACUUCGUCCUCCGGAGGGACCUUUCCGCCACGGCCCCCGCGGCGGCCAUGCACGGGGCCCCGCUCGGAGGGGAGCAGCGGUCCGGCACCAGCUCCCCCCAGCACCCGGCCCCGCCUCCCCACUCGGCCGGCAUGUUCAUCUCGGCCAGCGGCACCUACGCGGGCCCGGACAGCGGCGGCGGCCCAGCGCUCUUUCCCGCGCUGCACGACACGCCGGGGGCCCCUGGCGGCCACCCGCACCCGCUCAACGGCCAGAUGCGCCUGGGGCUGGCGGCGGCGGCGGCGGCCGCGGCGGCCGAGCUGUACGGCCGCGCGGAGCCGCCCUUCGCGCCGCGCUCUGGGGACGCGCACUACGGGGCGGUGGCGGCCGCUGCAGCCGCCGCCCUGCACGGCUACGGAGCCGUGAACUUAAACCUGAACCUGGCGGCGGCGGCCGCCGCAGCAGCAGCCGGGCCUGGGCCCCACCUGCAGCACCACGCGCCGCCCCCGGCGCCGCCGCCGCCGCCGGCGCCCGCGCAGCACCCGCACCAGCACCACCCCCACCUCCCAGGGGCGGCCGGGGCCUUCCUGCGCUACAUGCGGCAGCCAAUCAAGCAGGAGCUCAUCUGCAAGUGGAUCGACCCCGAAGAGCUGGCCGGGCUGCCGCCGCCGCCGCCGCCGCCACCGCCCCCGGCCGGCAGCGCCAAGCCCUGCUCCAAAACUUUCGGCACCAUGCACGAGCUGGUGAACCACGUCACGGUGGAGCACGUGGGCGGCCCCGAGCAGAGCAGCCACGUCUGCUUCUGGGAGGACUGUCCGCGCGAGGGCAAGCCCUUCAAGGCCAAAUACAAGCUCAUCAACCACAUCCGCGUGCACACCGGCGAGAAGCCCUUUCCCUGCCCCUUCCCGGGCUGCGGCAAGGUCUUCGCGCGCUCGGAGAACCUCAAGAUCCACAAGCGCACUCAUACAGGGGAAAAGCCUUUUAAAUGUGAAUUUGAUGGCUGUGACAGGAAGUUUGCCAAUAGCAGUGAUCGAAAGAAACAUUCGCAUGUCCACACCAGUGACAAGCCCUACUACUGCAAGAUACGAGGCUGUGACAAAUCCUACACUCACCCGAGCUCUCUGCGGAAGCACAUGAAGAUCCACUGCAAGUCCCCACCACCUUCCCCAGGAACCCUUGGUUACUCAUCAGUGGGGACUCCAGUGGGUGCCCCCUUGUCCCCUGUGCUGGACCCAGCCAGGAGUCGCUCCAGCACUCUGUCCCCUCAGGUGACCAACCUCAAUGAGUGGUACGUUUGCCAGGCCAGCGGGGCACCCAGUCACCUCCACACACCUUCCAGCAACGGAACCACCUCCGAGUCUGAAGAUGAGGAAAUUUAUGGAAACCCUGAAGUUGUGCGGACGAUACAUUAG